AUGGCAGACCCGGACGAGGAGAGCGAUGAUAACUCUGCUGCUUCGCUGCCAGCUGGACGCUCUCGCAGAAGGUCGACAAACAGCUUGUCCGCCUCUGCACACUCCCGUUCCAAACUGUUGCGCACGCCAAACAAAUCCAUUCCCCCAUUUCACAACCUCCACCCCUCUGCUCCCACUUCCCCUCCAACUCCCGCCCCGAGUCCGACACCACACCAACGAGCCCCUAGCUGGCAGAGCGCUGGCGAAGACGAGGACACCUUUCUGCGGGAUGCGAGACAGCAUUUCAGCUUGCUAGGGCGUGCGGAGGGACAAAGAUUUCUGGCGGAGAUUCUGAAUCUAUGUGAUAAUCAGCAACUCAGUUUUGUCUAUCAUUUUGUCAGCCCGCGGCUGAAGAAGGAUCCGUUUAAAGUGCUUCCGAAUGAGCUAUGUUUACGGAUCCUUUCAUUCAUCGAUGAUCCCAAAACACUUGCUCGAGCAUCGCAAGUCUCAACACGAUGGCACGAGCUUCUAAAUGAUGAUAUGACCUGGAAGCUCCUGUGUGAUAAUCAUGCUUAUAGAACCAUGUCCGAAAACACCCAAGAGGAUUCUGAGCCCUUCUCUUUUGCCCUUCCUCCAAACCCUUACGAUCCCCGUUUCGCGCAGCAGCAGUUGAACAACAGCGACGACCCUUUGGCAAGUAAUAAUAGCGCAGUUACUACGCCCACGACAUCCAGAGCACCCUCGUCGUUAGGAAACCACUCACGGAAACGACGAGUGAAGACCAAAACCUACAGAUCACAUUUCAAGCAGAGAUACAUGGUUGAAGCGGCCUGGCGGAAGGGGGGACAUUUAAUCACCAAACACAUCACGCCAGAUCAUGGGGUUGUUACAAGCCUGCAUUUAACAUCCAAGUUCAUCGCCGUCGCGCUGGAUAAUGCCAAGAUUCACAUUUUUAAUACAGAGGGCGAGCAUCAGAGGACAUUACAAGGCCAUGUCAUGGGCGUUUGGGCCAUGGUACCGUGGGAUGAUAUCCUUGUCAGUGGUGGAUGUGAUCGUGACGUGCGUGUGUGGAAUAUGGCUACUGGGAUCUCGCGAUACGACCUUGCGGAUAUGGGACCUCGCGAAGGUGUCCGCUGCCUAGGGAUCCACGGUGACCUCGUCGUCUCGGGUAGCUACGACACAACUGCGAAGAUUUGGAACAUCUCCGAAGGGCGGUGCCUGAGAACGUUAGCUGGCCACUUCAGCCAAAUCUACGCGAUCGCUUUUGACGGUAAGCGGAUCGCGACGGGUAGCUUGGACACGAGUGUGCGCAUCUGGGACCUGCAGACUGGCCAGUGCCAUGCCAUAUUACAAGGACACACCUCUCUCGUCGGCCAGCUGCAGAUGCGCGGCGACACGCUUGUCACUGGUGGUUCGGACGGAUCUGUCCGUGUCUGGUCACUGCUGCGGAUGGCGGCGAUUCACCGGCUGGCGGCACACGAUAAUAGUAUUACGAGUCUGCAGUUUGAUGAUAAUCGGAUUGUGAGCGGUGGUAGUGAUGGGCGGGUUAAGAUUUGGAAUUUGAGGACGGGCCAGUUGGUGAGGGAGCUGAGUCAGCCGGCGGAGGCUGUGUGGAGGGUUGCGUUUGAGGAUGAAAAGGCGGUGGUUAUGGCGACAAGGGCGGGCCGGACUGUUAUGGAGGUCUGGUCUUUCGCACCGCCCGAUGAUGCCUUCGACGAUCCUGGUUCAGACUCCGAUAGCCAGUCCAGCACCGUAGAACUAGGCUUCGGCAAUAACAAUAGCACCAGUCACCAUGAAUUCGGUAAUCCCUACCAUCACCAUCAUCACACGGAUGAUAAUAUUAAUAACCCCACCUCGUCUUCCGCCGUCACCGAAGUGGAAUCAUCAUCAUCCUCGCUAUCAUCAUCGUCGUCCGUUGCUGUACUCUCCCCGCCUCCUGCCGCAGCCGCAGACCCAGUCCCGUUGACCUCCGCAUCUACCGCAUUGCAGAACACUACCCAGGACUUGGAUAUGCAAGAUGUUUUCAUCGAUAUCAGCAAUAGCAACAGCAGCGGCGGCAGGGAUGCGAAUGACCACUGA